GUGAACGUCAACUUGACACUUGACGUACGGAACGAAAUGAAAAGUGAAUUUUCCUACAUAAAUUGUUAUCCAGAGCAACAAAGACAUUUUUUGUUGAAAUUCAACAAAAAAUAUAAUAAAAAAUAUUUUUUUCUAAAUCUCAAGUAUUGUGUAAACAAUAUGGACUGGACACACAGUGCAGUUUUGUGAUUAUUUUAUGAAAAAAAAACCGCAAUAAUACAUCAAGAUGUCUUCCUCAUUUGAAACGACGGAGAUGCUGGAGAAGACGCCUCCAGAGUCGAGCGCGGAGCUGGUGGCCGUCCGUGUGCCUAUAAAUGGCAUGACCUGUAUGUCCUGCGUCCGCAGCAUCGAGGGUUCCGUCAGAGAGUUACCUGGCAUCGCUUAUGUUAAGGUGGAGCUAUCAGAAAACGCGGGCUACUUCAGAUAUGAGCCGCGCACCAUCACAGAGGAGGCUAUCCGGUCUCAUAUAGAAGACAUGGGCUUCGAGGUGCCCAAUGACACAACGGAGCACGAAACAAGAAACUUAUUACCAAAAGAAAUACCGACAGACUUGUUGAUCGACAUGUCCGGUACCGGCGAGAUGGACGAACAGGAAGUCUUGUUGUCGGUCGUGGGCAUGACCUGCCAAUCAUGUGUUAAUACUAUUGAAGGUGCACUCCGCGAGCUCUCAGGCGUGAGAUCAGUAUCAGUACGCCUCUCGGAGGGCACGGCGCGUAUCCGAUACGUGCGCGGCACGACCACGGCACGACAACUCGCCGACACUGUGUACGCGCUCGGAUUCUCUGUCACUGUGCUCGCUGUGGACGGGGAUCAAUGUACAGAAACUACAUCACAAAGCAAGAGUGAGGAAGGGUCUGGGGAUGGAGCGAAACCACCUUCUCCAGUCAAGAGCAGAACUCAAGUUAAUGGUUCCUCUCCGGUAGCAGAGGGCGAGACCUCACGCUGCACCCUCGAAGUUCGCGGCAUGACCUGCGCCUCCUGCGUCGCUGCCAUAGAGAAACAUGUACAAAAGCUAUAUGGUGUCCACUCAAUCCUGGUAGCGCUUCUGGCAGCCAAGGCAGAAGUGAAAUACUCUCCCGCCAAGAUAUCGGCGGUUGAUAUCGCCAACUGUAUUACCGAGCUUGGCUUUCCAUCCAGCGUGAUUAGUGAUUGCGAUGGAAGUGGUCAGAAGGAUCUGCAUGUUGCCAUAAAAGGAAUGACCUGCGCUUCCUGUGUCAAUAAAAUCGAAAAAAGUGUUCUCAAAUUAACUGGAGUCGUAUCCUGUACUGUCGCAUUAACUACAUGCAAAGGUAAAAUAAAGUACAACGCGGAACAGAUAGGUCCGCGGACCAUCUGCGAGGCUAUCAAUAAUCUCGGAUUUGAUGCAAGCGUUGUAACUCCACAUAACAGGGGCACCACCAACUAUUUGGAACACAAAGAAGAAAUAAAGAAAUGGCGCAACGCCUUCCUGGUCUCCCUUCUCUUCGGAGGGCCAUGCAUGAUAGCGAUGGCUUACUUCAUGGCCACCAUGUCCCAUGGACACAGCGCCAAGGACAUGUGCUGCGUGGUACCGGGUUUGAGUCUCGACAACUUGAUCAUGUUCCUGCUUUCGACGCCCGUUCAGUUUAUCGGCGGUUGGCAUUUUUACAAGCAAGCUUAUAAGGCGCUACGGCACGGAACAUCCAACAUGGAUGUUCUUAUAUCGAUGACUACUACUAUCAGCUACGUUUACUCAUUGGCGGUAGUGAUAGCAGCCAUGGCGAUGCAGCAAGAUACAAGUCCGGUGACCUUCUUCGACACACCACCGAUGCUGCUAGUCUUCGUAUCAUUGGGGAGGUGGCUUGAACAUAUUGCAAAGGGCAAAACUUCGGAAGCUCUAUCAAAACUUCUGUCCUUGAAGCCGACGGAAGCAGUUCUGGUGUCGUUGGACGAGAAUGGACAUCCAGUCAGCGAGAAGAGUAUACCAGUCGACUUGGUGGAGAGAGGGGAUGUCCUUAGGGUGGUGCCAGGGGCUAAGGUACCGGUAGACGGGAAGGUUCUCUCCGGCCAGAGUACGUGUGAUGAGUCACUCAUUACUGGGGAAUCUAUGCCCGUGCCGAAGACUAAAGACUCGCUGGUGAUAGGCGGCAGUAUAAAUCAGCACGGCGCUCUUCUGGUUACCGCGACCCAUACGGGGGAAGCAAGCACCCUGGCGCAGAUAGUUCGCCUUGUCGAGGAUGCGCAGGCUAGCAAGGCCCCCGUCCAACGCUUAGCUGACACCAUAGCUGGAUACUUUGUACCUCUAGUAGUGUUUCUGUCACUCCUCACUCUUAUCUGUUGGAUGAUCAGCGGAGCCCUAAACAUCGAGAUUAUCAAACGUAUUACACCGCCUAUGUACGUGAACGCCGGUUACGCGGAUUGGGAGCUAAUAGUCCAAACAGCGUUCCACUUCGCGCUGUCAGUGCUGGCCAUAGCGUGUCCCUGCGCGCUGGGGCUGGCCACCCCCACCGCCGUCAUGGUGGCCACCGGGGUCGGGGCCAAGUUGGGGCUGCUCAUCAAGGGGGCUGAGCCCUUGGAGAAUGCCCACAAGGUGAAAACGGUGAUAUUCGACAAAACGGGUACAAUAACGCGGGGCAGCGCCACAGUAGCGAAGUUGUCCCUACUGACUGGCUCCGCUAAUACAUUGGGUUCGGUGCUCGCGUGUUUACUCACAGCUGAACUCAAUUCUGAACACCCUGUAGCUUCUGCAAUAGUCCGUUGGUGUAGCGCGGCGCUGGGCGGACAGAGCGGGCUCACCUGCGUCAGCUUCGUGGCGGCGCCGGGCUGCGGCCUGCGCGCCCGUCUGCGGCCCCAGGGGGGGGGACAGCCCACCAACCUCGUCAACUUCAACAAUCUACCCAGGUCGGGUACGUCGUUCGUAGUGGAGGGUGUACCAGUAGAGGUGGUCCCCCCGGGGCGCGACGCGGCGCUCAGCUCGGCGCAGGCCGCCGCCAGGCUGCACUCACUCAUACCUACAGACUCGCCCGCCAGCGGGGAGGAAGUAGAACAAGUAGUAUUGAUUGGCAAUCGGGAGUGGAUGUCCAGGAACGGAGUGACAGUCCCUCGGAGGGUACAGGAGGCCAUGCAGCAAGACGAGGAGCUUGGUAGGACUGCUGUACUCGCCGCUAUUAAUGACCAACUGGUAUGCACGAUAGGCGUCGCGGACGAAGUUAAGCCCGAAGCCCACCUGGCGGUCUACUGCCUCAAGAAGAUGGGCCUCCAAGUCUGUCUGCUGACUGGAGAUAACAGAAAAACUGCUGUCGCUAUCGCUAGACAGGUGGGCAUAAACAAAGUAUACGCAGAAGUAUUGCCAUCACACAAGGUGGCCAAAAUACAGAAGCUACAAGAAGAAGGGCAGAAGGUGGCCAUGGUUGGGGACGGGGUCAACGACUCCCCAGCGCUGGCCCAGGCCGACGUGGGCAUAGCUAUAGCCAGUGGGACUGAUGUAGCUGUCGAGGCCGCCGACUUAGUGCUUAUGAGGAAUGACCUUCUGGACGUGGUAGCGUGUCUAGAACUCUCCCGUACCACAGUAAGAAGAGUACGUCUCAACUUUUUAUUCGCCAGUGUAUACAACUUGCUGGGCAUACCGCUAGCUAGUGGAGCCUUCGCCAUGUUCGGAUUGCAGUUACAGCCGUGGAUGGCGUCAGCGGCGAUGGCAAUGAGUUCCGUAUCAGUCGUCUGCUCAAGUUUGUUAUUAAAAACUUUCAAAAAGCCAACAUUAGAACAAUUACGGACGUCAGAAUAUCUUCAGUCCAUACACUUGGAGGAGCUGGACUCUGUCUCCGUACACAGGGGUCUGGACGAGCGGAUAGACCCCAGCGAAAGGGGGGCCUCGCCAUUAGCCAACAAGAACCGCGACUCGUGGAAAUCAGCUUUGUUGAAAGUUGAUGUAUAAACUCUUUCACCGAAGCAAACCUGCUGAAGGUUGCUUACUCCAAGAAGACGAUGAUCUGAUGACCGUCUCCUUCAUCCCCAAGCGGAGACAGGAGGCCAGCAUCAACGGAUGAUCUUACCCCAGCAGUGGGCAAACGUCCCACGGUUAGAUCAGUUCAAAGUUGCACUUAAGUCUACGAUAGAUGGCGUUGGUAUCAAGUUUGGGUGUUUUGUGUAGAAAUGAAGCUAAAAAUACGAUUCAAUUGAAUAGUCGUCUCCUUUUGUUAUAUAAAAGGGUGCUCGGUUUAAGGUAGGAGGUUUCUCAUAAAAAAAAAAAAUUCCGACAUGUGUGGGGUGGCGGGGAUUGUUAGACUCUUAUUGAAUAAAAACCCCAGUUUUUCCCCUGCUAUCCCUCUCUGUAUUUUUGCGACUGUUUACUGAUCCCUAUGUCGAUAUCGUUAAUAGAUGCCCUGUGUACUUCGUAACUACAAAUAGAGCAAAGAAAACUUGGUGUUACCUUUUAAAAGUGAAAAUGUCACUGGCGCACAUAUAUUGUCGUCUUUAUAAAUAACCAAAGUAGUGUAUGCAAUAUGCUACGGAAAUAACGUUG